UCUUGUUUCAUCUUAUAUUAACUCUGAAUUCCAUUCCAUUAACCUCCCACCAACACCUAGCUUCCCCUCCCAAAGUAUUGCAACAAAGUUGUUAUUUAUUCACAUCUCAGCCACAUGCUGAAGAUGUUUUUCACAAAUGUGUUUGUUCUGCUUCUGUUACGCACUAUUGAUUCUGUAUUUUGUUGGGGGAUUGCAUCAGAUGGUGAUGUAAUACUUAAACCCCAGUUGCAAUCUGAUUUAAAUGGCACAGCACUAAAACCUCAAGAUGGCAUUUCUAGUCCAGACCUGAGAGAAAAUAGUUUCAGGUUUAAUUCAACCAGUUUUACUGCAGCUAGAAUUUCAUCUCCAAGAGGGAGUGGACAGAAUGUUUCAGAGGAUACAAAAGGAGAGACAACUGAAGGGGUAGUAGAAGACAAUGGCCAAGAAGUGUUGGAGACGCAGCAUGCCAUGUGCAGAGUCACUACAGAGGAACUUGUAUCCACAGCACAAGCAACUGUUACAAGGGUCCUGAAAGGCCUAUGUAAUACCAAGGAAAUGGAGGAUCGGUUCCACAACCUGGAAUUGCAGCUGGCAGACCAGUUAAAUGUCAUCAAAACAAUGUUAGUGAACAUAGAAGACAAGAUCAUGGAGCAAGAUCAGUCAACACGGCAGUCUCAGAAACGCAUCAUGGGUACCAUCUUCAGGCAGUGUCCGUCAGUCCAAGUGCCGUACAGAAAUGGGAGGACAAGUUUGACAACAUUUGAAGAAGAGGAGACUGCAAGGACAACCUGGGAGGAUGAGGAAUCUUCAAGAGAGGUUUCAGAGAGUCCUCGUGAUGCGGAGGUGAAUCGUUACAAUAGCACUAUCCGUACAGAACCACUUCCUGGACAGCCUCAUAGCAGUGCAAGAAGCCAUGUCUUCACCUAUUACUGGCGUAUCCGAGGUGUGGGAUACAAGCUGACGGGAUGGAAUCACCGUCGCUCCCUCCGCAGUCCCUCCUUUUACAUCUCUCCAGGUGGUUAUCACAUGUACAUUCGCAUCUACCCACGCCAGAAUGAAGAAAACGUGUACGUUCACGUCGGCGUCACAGCAGGCGAUUUUGACGACAACCUGUCUUGGCCGUUCAAGUUGAAGCAUCGAGUCAAUAUUCUUGACCAGGUGUUAUCUGAAGAUGGACAGGAGGAUAUCAGUUCUCGUGUGUGGGACCCAGCAGCGCUAUGUAGUGCUUUCAACUGGCAGAAGCCAACAUCGGGCGACAACUAUGAGUGUGUGGGCCUGGGCUUCGCUCACAGCGUAAUUCGCUCCAGGCACUACAUUCGUAAUGAUGCCAUCGUUAUCAGACUCAGUGUCUACUUAGAUUGAGUCGCUGUAUUGCCAGAUAUAUCCACUUGUAACAAGGAAAUAAUCUGAAAAUUAAAUUUUGUAGAGGAAUUAAAUAUUAUUCGUCUGGUGAUGUGUA